GUGGCUCAGGACGUGGAUGGACAGGGGAACUAUGUUAUGCUCACUCACAAGCAUGUGGCCCACCUGCACCCCUCCUCCGUGUAUUACGAGUGCGCCCCUCCCCCCGCCUGGGUCCUCUACCACGACUUCAGCAUCACUCAGGACAACUGUAUCAGCGUGGCCACUGAAAUCCAUCCAGAAAUGUUGGUGGAAUUUGCCCCCCAAUACUACCUGAGUAACCUCCCGGCCGGUGAGAAUCGGGAUCUUCUGCUGGAACUUCGGGACAGACUUCAGGAUGAGGAGACAAGCGCGGAGCAGAGCGAGGAGUACCACGAGGUGGAUGAGGAGGAGAGGGAUUCCUGCUCCCUACAGUGACCGGGCUCUUCCUCAGGACUUCAUGUGCACUUUAUCUGCUGAGCCAAUGAGAGGGCACCGUCCAGGGGGGGCCCCACCCUGAUCCUGCCAGUAU